ACUACUUUCUGUUUUUACAACUAGAAAAGAACGGAAUGCGAUAGCUAUAUUUCUGUUCCACUGUGAUAUGCCUUUUUUUCUCUUCUAUAUCUUCUAAUUGCUUUCGCGUUCCGCGUAAACGCGCGUCGUCGUCGUCAACAAAACAAUGCACCUCCUACUCACGCUCUCGCUCGUGGUGGGCGCGCUAACCACGCUCUUCUACACGCUCGAGUCACGUCUCGAGUCCUUCUACAUCUUCACGCCGUCGGCGCUGCACGCCCUCAGUCUCUCGGCCAUUGAGCGCCACGGCAACGACACCGCCGCCGUCGUGUCCUACAUUGUCGAUUCGCUGGCCGUCUCGCACCCGCAGUAUGUCAAUCUCGAUGAGGAGUGGGUGUUUAACAAUGCGGGGGGCGCAAUGGGCGCCAUGUAUAUUAUACAUGCGAGUGUGACCGAGUAUCUGAUUGUGUUUGGGACGCCGGUCGGGACUGAGGGACAUACGGGACGGCAUACUGCGGAUGAUUAUUUUCAUAUUCUCAAGGGCGAGCAGUUGGCGUAUGCGCCGGGCAAGGGGGUUUAUGAGGCGGAGAGGUAUCCACAGGGUAGCGUGCAUCAUCUACGCCGGGGCGAAGUGAAGCAGUACAAGAUGGAUGGAGAGUGCUUUGCGCUCGAGUAUGCAAGGGGAUGGAUUCCACCCAUGUUGGGAUUUGGAUAUGCUGAUACUUUUACGAGUACCUUGGAUUUCCCGACCUUGUGGCGCACGACGGUGAUUACGGGACGCGAGAUGAUCGCUAAUUUGCUCAAGGGGAAAUUGUAGCAAGGCUUGUGUCUUGGCUACCAAGGCAGGGGGUGAGAGAGAGAAAGCGAGGACUUGGUUGUGGGAGUAGGUGGAUAUUUGGGUGGAAGAAAAGACAGGCAGUGCGCGUGUGUAUAAAAACACGGGUAAAUCAAGCUGCGUAAACGCCAGAUUGUGUCUACUGGUUUAUUUCAAUCCAUA